GUAUCUUAUUGCGCCAGACCCGCCCUCUUCUGCUGCCACGGGACUGGAAAGGUCUUCCCCUCCAGCCGGAAGCCGGCUGCGAAUGACUAAUGCUUGUCCCUGGUCCCACUGAGCUGGAGUUGUGUCCUCGCGAUACUAGUUCCCCAAAAUGGCUGCGACCAGUCAAGGAAACUUCAAUGGAAAAUUUGAGGCACUGGAUCUUGCAGAAUUAACUAAAAAGCAACCAUGGUGGCGUAAGCUGUUUGGGCAGGAAUCUGGGCCAUCAGCUGAAAAGUAUAGUGUAGCAACCCAGCUGUUAAUUGGAGGUGUUACUGGAUGGUGCACUGGUUUCGUAUUCCAGAAGGUCGGAAAAUUGGCUGCAACAGCUGUAGGAGGUGGAUUCUUUCUCCUUCAGCUGGCAAACCAUACUGGGUACAUCAAAGUUGACUGGAAACGAGUAGAGAAGGACAUGAAAAAAGCCAAAGAGCAGUUGAAAAUUCGUAAGAAUAACCAAAUACCAACUGAGGUCAAGAGUAAAGCUGAGGAGGUUGUGUCAUUUGUAAAGAAGAAUGUUCUAGUGACUGGGGGAUUUUUUGGAGGCUUUCUGCUUGGCAUGGCAUCCUAAGAAGUUCACUUCAUUGUUCUGUUUUUAUCUGUUGUUGUCUGUUUCUUGCCAGCAGCUUCUAUACUCCAACAUAGGACAGUUGACACUCCUUUUCCUCCUCUUCUCCUGUGCCUUCCUCCCUGUUGUGGCAAAUCUGAAUGGCUUCCAUAGGCUUCUGCUGGUACAGGGUUAAUACAGGCCUUCUCAUGAGCUUGACGUGUUGGAAGAGACAAUAGAUGUUAACUCUUCCAGUACACUCCUUACUUGGUUGAUGUGUAGCUUAGCAACAUGUUCCUUUUCCUCUAUGUAAGACCCUUUCCCAAACUUGAUUUGGAAUACCAGCAUGUAGUUGCCUUAGUAUGUUACACGAAAAGGAACCAAAUAUAUUUGCCUUUAAGCAUGUAAGAUUUUGCUAUCUUGGUGUAUGCUUUCUUUUUUAGGUGGUUGUCAGCUAUAGAAAGAGAGGUAUUUAUACUUGCUAUAAUUAUCCUGCCAAAAUGGCAGUGGAAGUACUAAAACUACAAAGAUAAAUAUGAAAUGAACUUCUGCUAAAGAAAUAUGAAGUAAUAUAGGGAUUGUAUUUGGUAGGUGGAUCUUUACAGAAACUAACUACAAGAAAUUUAUUGUUGGAUGGUCAGAUAAGUCACUUAUGGGGAUUGAGAUCCAGUCCAGAAAUAUUUUCCACCAUGCCACAUACUGCAUCUCAUGGCUGUAUUCAAGUGAUUUAGGUGAGAGAAGAAAAAAAAAACCUGUUGGAUAUUUAUUUCAUAGAAAGGAUUCUAUGCUUUGAAAUUUGAACUAUUUUUCACAUUUGUUAAAAUAUUAGGGACAGAAGUAUUCCUUUGUGAAAAUUCUGUUUCUUUAUUCAAUUUGCAAAUACAACAUUUAAGCAAGAAUUUUAAAGAGAUGUUCCAGGCAUUCAGAAUUGAGAAUAGCACAUAUGAAAUAAGUUAUUUCCAUCAAGUGCAAUCUCCAUCCAAAUUAUUCUUGAAAAUAAGAGUCUCUGUGUACUUUACAUUUUGCCAUAAUGGCUGUUACCAUGACCUCAACUCCCAACUAGAAAUCAUCUUCCAGAAGCCAAGUAUUCUGUCAUCUUCCUUGUACCCACAGGGCCUACCACUCAAUAGAUUUCAAAUAUUUAUUGAAUAUAUUUAUUCAUAUAAAGGAAAGCUCCUAGCCAGGUGUGGCACACACCUAUAAUCCCAGCACUCAGGGAGACAGAGAUAGGUAGAUCUCAGGAUUUGAGUUCAGCUUGGUCUACAAAGUGAGUCCAGGACAGCCAGAGCUGCACAGAGAAACCUUGAUUCAAAAAAAAAAGGAAAAAAGAAAAAGAAAAAGAAAAGAAAAAAGAAAAAGAAAACCAACCAACAAACAAACUCCCUGUUAAAGGUUAGGCUUACCCCAAAUUAAUUCUUAUAUAUGUAGAUGAUCCCAUGUGCAAUGGUGUAUGUUUUUGUUUUGUUUUGUUUUGUUUUGAGACAGGGUUUCUCUGUGUAGCCUUGGCUGUCAUAGACUCACUUUGUAGACCAGGCUGGUCUCAAAUGCACAGCGAUCCACCUGCCUCUGCCUCCCGAGUGCUGGGAUUACAGGCGUGUGCCACCACGCCCAGCUGCAAUGGUGUAUUUUUAAGACCAUACAUUAAAGAUAAUUAAUUUUGACAUACUUUAAGAAUAACAUAAUUAGCUGGGUGGUGGUGACAGCAGCUGCCACCUUUAAUUGCAGCACCGGGGAGGCAGAGGCAGGCGGAUCUCUGUGAGAACUGAGCUACAUCCUUAAUCCCGAAAGGCAUCUUUCUUUUGGGGGAUAAGGGACAAUAAUAGCAGUAUUAGUAACUAUUUGAGAAAAACAAAUGGAUAUAAAAUACCUGCCUGCUAUCGACCCGAUUCCUUCAGCAUUUUUGUUUUGAUAUCAUCUGGAUCUACUAUAAUAGGUUUUGGUUAUAAGGAAAUAAAGAAUAAAUAAAACACCUAAAAUUCUUAAUUCUGAUGCUGCCUACCUAACUUGUGUAACAGUUUCCUCUGAGAUUGAAACAUUCUAUCCUGCAAGGAAGCUCCUUAAGCAGGAAGAUAAACAACUCAAAAUAGCUUAAUGAAGUCCCUGAAAUUGACCAGAUUUUCUAGGAUCCUACCUCGCAGAGUAAGCAAUACAGUUUCAAAGAAGAAACCAGCUGUGCUACCUGGAAGAGGUUUAGACCAAAUGAGUUACUUGAGACACUCUCCAACCUAUUGAACUGGCUACAGGUUGUGCAGUAUGCUCCAGAUUCCCAUCUUUUAUGAGCUGUCAUCUGUGCUGGGGUGGGCUUUGAUGAGGCAGCUAUCUUUGAGUCAUUUCUGCUCCUGUAAGUAGCUCCAAUAAAACUCAUUGGUUCACCAAGUUGGA